AGGUAUCAUGUUGAAUGUAGAAUCACAAUCUACAAUUGAUGAAGAUUGCGGUCUGUGAAGAGUCCUGUGAUGGUAGGACACACACAGAAACCUAUUUUUCAUUGAGUAUGUCUAUGAGAUACAAUAGUAACUCAGCUCGUCGUGAUCAUUUAUUCUGUCACAUCCUUAUGGAGGUACUACUGCUGGGACGAUAGGAUAUGUGAAAGACUAGCGUCAUUGAUCCUGAAAAGACACAAUGGCUUCUCCGUCAAACACAGUGCGUUUCUUGCCACAACAGCCGGCGGAGAUUGCUUUUCCCGACAUUUUGGUUAACGUGGGCAGGGGUCCGAAUCUUCAAGGGCAUGUUCGUGGCAGAUAUAAGCAUCUCAGGCACACCUCGUCAAACAGCCUGAGCAAAGAUUGCUUCUUCUGCUCGCAUAACGGUCUUUACAUUUAUGCAGCAGGCGAAAACGAAUACGCGAUUGGGCCUAGGCUUGGAGGACAGUCUUAUGUACUUCUUCUUUUACUUCAGUUUGCUUAAGUUGCUCAAGUCUAUUUGUGCUCAGGGUCAGGAUUGUCGUUUUUCAGAACAUUUGGAACCAAAUGACAUACUGGCGUUUGGCCACCCUGGUCGUCGUGCUAUCUAAAUACAACAGGAGCAUACCGACUCCUGUAAAACCAAAACAUCUCCACCCUCUCACUUCUUUCACAAAAACUACACGUAACAGAUUGCCAAGAUAUGUUCCGGAGAUGUCCUUUUGGGCGAGAUCCUGGUUUGGUCAGUGCGCGAACAGGAGUUCGUGAAGCAUGACGACGUCGAUAUCUGGAUCGAUGGUGACCUAAGUCACCAACCUGCUCACGAGAUCGAGGAUUUUGCACCACAAGCUGUGCGGCUACUGAGCAAAUGCGAGAACAUAGCAGGCGGGUAUCGCAUUGUACCGAAAACAUGUUGUGAUAGACCAGUGUACGUUAGAACAACUGCUGAAGAGGUGAGUGCAGCCGUAGGGGGUAAUGCUGGCGCAGCUACUCUAGAACAAACCGAUGAAUCUCAGGAAUUGUAUUUCGGUCGUGAACAUCAACCAGUACCUCUGUACAUUCUGUACAUCGAUGGGCGAUGGGUUGUCACACCGAACGACACGAUUACGAUGCAAUCAGGCUUCAGUUUCUUAGCUGAAAGCCGCUCUACGAGCGCUUAUUUCCCCACCGAAUGCGCAUGGAAAGAAGGGCUUGUAGUGGAAGAGGUACGGCGAUUCUUCUUCUUUCUUCCUCUCUUCACUUCGAUGACUACUCUUUCUCUUUGUUUUAUUCAUCAUGGUUUUUCAGCAUCACGGACGCUCAUCGUGUAGGUGUACAACUUUAUGUCCUUAAAUAGAUCUUGUUCUUCUUGUUGUAAACCUAAACUCAAGAGCAACAUUCAACUCAUUCAGGUCGUGGAAGCUGGUGCCAUAGUUGGAGAUUUUGAGGCUGAGCCUUUCGACGAAAACACGUUAGUCGUCCGACAAGAGCAAGUAGUCCCAUCAGCCCCGACAUUGCUCGAGGAACCUUCACCAGCUGGUGAAGCAACUACUUCGACUGUUGGCAAAGCUAGGAGAAAGCCGACUGCAGAUGGUUAUCAGGAGCCCGCAGAAGAAGUGGAAGCCGUGGCAGCGGCUCCAGUAGAAUCACCAGCAGAACCCGAAGCCGUCUCCGAAAACUACACCACUGAAAAGGAGCAUCAAGAAGACUCUCCUGCUGAAGCUGCAGAAGAAGCUGAGGUCGCAGCUGACGACACUGCCGAAGCUGCAGCGGCUGCAGACGACGCUGAACAAAAGGAAGCUGGUGACGCGGAGGCCAAGGACGCAGAAGCUGGUGCAGAGACUGUUGAAGGCAACGAGGAAGACGCGAAAGCGGAGGACGGUGAAACGAAGUCACCGAAGCCUGAAGGCGAGGAAGAGGCAAAACCUGAAGGAGACGAGGCUGAGAAGACUGAAGAGAAGGAGCCCGCAGCUGAUGACGAGACUAGAAAGGAGGAGCAGGGCGAAGCAGCAACCGAAGAAAAGCCUGAUGGGGACGCUCACAAAGACAAAGAAGAAGGAAGGGAGGAAACUGCAGAGCAAGGAAGAACUUCCGACGAAGUAGAAGCAAAAGGAGAUGCUGCAGAGGCCGACGAGGCAGUCGCGAAUGCGGAGGAAUCAAAGGAGGAGAAGGAAGAAGAACAAGCAGGUGAGAAAAAAGUAGAGGAGAAUCCGAUCGAAGGCGAGAUAGCGGCUGCUCCGAGAGUUGAAGCUGUACCGGAUGCACUUGCCGAAACAGCGCCGGCGAUGACAGAUACCGACUCUACUCUAGCAGGUGCGAAUAGCACUUUUAGGACAAGUCAACAGCAAAAUCAAACAACAGCCUCAGGAGAACAAGGAUUCUUGGGAAGCUCAACAGUCUCUGCCUCGUCUAGGGGCGCGGACAAUGUGCGUAUAGUGUACUCGUGUCCUUCGUCUGCGACUUUUGUAGAUCCUCUGUUUCCGCCGAGCAGUCGAUCAAUUAGCCCCUCCGCCGAGGACGUGCCAGACGAUGUCUACUGGUAUCGCGGUCAUCAUCUGUCGCCCUCUCUGCUGCGUCCGCAACUGUUCGACCAUGUCCAGCAGCCUACGAACCUCCUACAGGGUAACACAGGCGAUCUGUCCUUGCUCGGCACCUUGGGUUUGCUGACCGAGUUUCCAAACUACAUCAAGGCUCGGCUCUUUCGCUUGCCGACCGAUCCCGUUAGCGUCUUGAACGGCUCAUACAUCGCGGAACGGACGGGCAAGUAUUUUGUGAAUCUGUUUGACGUCGCUCAGCGUGACUGGACGACAAUCGAGGUUGACGAUUACAUUCCGUGCCGCGCCCGACGGUGGUACAACCAUCGCCCGAAGCCGCUCCUGAGCCAACCACAAGGCAACGAGCUUUGUGCGCUUUUGAUCGAGAAAGCUCUAGCGAAAAUGGCUGGCAGCUACGCAGCAGUGGCUAAUAUGCCAGUACCAUACAUCUUAACCCACCUGACCGGAUGCGAGGAACAAGAAGUGUGGGACCUCAACGGCAGGGCGACCAAGAGCGUACAAUAUCCAACUUUUGACGAAUUUCAUUAGCUUUUAAUAGAUAUCGUAAUGCAGAUUUAUACAUGCGUUCCAGUAACUUCUUGGGGAGGGGGGCCGCCAGCCCCGGGCCCUUUUUCUCGAGGGACUGCCGGGCGGGAAGGCCUCCAAGCGCCCACCUUCGCGGCCUCGCGGCCUCUUGCCUGCACCCUACAGAGCCAAAACCCCGGAGGCCGUUCAAGCACCGACGGCCGGGGGUGGGAGGCUUCCGAAAGCGGCAAAGGUGGCAAGGCUGGACCCCCUUGCCGUGUUGCAUGUACCCGACAGACCCCCCGCGCCGUGUUACAUGUACCCGGGCGAUCUCCUGGGUUCGUGCUUCUCCCUGGGGGAGCGUCGUGGGACGUGGAAGGCCUCCGAGGGCCGCAGGUGGCAAGGCUCGGCCCCCUCGCCUUUGGUCUUCAAAGGGGCCAGGCUUCGCGACCGUGGCCGCCUUCGGCGGCCUUCUUUUCCCGGAGGCUGCCCCCCUGAUAGGGUCCAACUCCAAGAGUCGGGACGCCUGUGAGGUACACGCGGAGAGCCGCCAGGGGACUCCGGCCCCCGGAAGUCCUUACAUGUCACCACCGCCGAAAAAAGGGCGCGCGGACCCUCCCGCCGCUCCAUCCACAGGGGGGGCCUCUCUCCCUGGUGCGUAUGAUAAUAAGUAUAUAGAAUCACGUCGUCUGUCCGUGUCCUCGUCGUCUGCCGACGUACUAAGUAGACGAUUUGUCUUGUUGGUUGGUUUAGAAUUCAUGCUGAAGCUCAUCCACCAUGACAAUCCCCAAAAUUUGCAAACUACAGGUCGUAUCCGUGCAGUAUCGUAGACAGCAUCCUCGAGAUUUGCAGCGCUUGUUUACCCAAAGUUCCGGAGAGAGCAUGUCCUACCGCGAGUUUUUCUCCUACCUUCGCGAAGCCGAGCACCGAAACUAUGUAGUCGCCGCCGCCAUCGCGCCACGACCAGGAAAACAGGUCGAGAAGCGUCGACCCGAUGGUCUUGUCGAGGCUAGUCCCUAUGGCGUGCUCGAAGCUCGAAUUGUGUCCGCUGUUUCCGGUCCGUCAGCCGGCCAAAGCGUUUGUCUGAUCAAGAUGCGAAAUCUAUGGGGCCCGUCAUGCCUGUGGAACGGGGCUUACUCCGCACUCGCGCCUGAGUGGCUGCACAUCGAGAACCCGACACUGCACAAUACACCGACAGCAGCGGACUCGUUUUGGAUGGAGUACACAGACUUCCUUGCCGUAUUCGGCAAAGUCUACGUUAGUCGAAUGGGCAUGGCAGCAGCACGCUACGGCCGACAACAGUCUUUCGGUAGCGAUCAGUUCGAGCUAGUACUGGCACAGCUAGGACCAGAAUCGUGAACAUACUGAUUAACACAAAUAACACGAUCAUUUCGAGUGCGAAUAAGGAGACGCAAUAGAAUGUCACUCCACGUGGCAUGGUGCACAAAAAAUCAAAAAUACACACAGAUACACGAUAAUAACUAAACAUAAUCACCUUGCGAUAUCAUUAACAUGCAUAGCGGAAAAGCUCGUCAAGGUCAAGGUCAUAAAGGGUGUUGAAUUGAAAAAUAAACCAAGAAUUAUCCAUAGCAAACCAAGUCGCCUGGUGAUCUCCUUGAAGUUGAAAGAGAAUUGACAAUCACAAACACAUAGUACACAGAGACAAAUUGUAUUGUAGAGUCGGACUGAAAUGAUGAUAAAAAUUAGUGAUACUAGAUAACGAUAAUUAGUGAAGAUUGAAUCCGGGCGUCACCCCACUCUAGCUUCUUCCCUUCUUACAGCGGCCUCUUAGAUGGUCUGAACGUUAAACUAGCAGAGCAGGAGUGUCGAGCCAAGGAGUAAGUGCGGACCGAAUAACUUGCUCAGCUCCUCAAGCUUCUCCCUUCCGUAGGCAGAGGCUGCCCUCAAUUCCGCAAAUUGGAUGAAUCGUGUCUAGAAUACGGCAUCUGGUUGGCGUGCUGACCUACACCUACGUGUGAACCUGUAGACAUUCGGUAGGGCGUAAGUCAGUGCCAUACCCUUGCAGGUGUGCUGCCCUGCUCAUAGGGCCCCGCUGUGUCGGGUUGCGCCGUAGGUUUUCUACAAGGGUCGAAUGUGCGGCCCUUCCGAUAGUUGUAGAAUUGUUGGCCGAAUGUGCGGCCUUAUGCGUCCCCAGUAUGUAACAACUGUGUGAUUGUAUAAUAGUAGUGUUUAAUUGUUUAAAAGGGCGGUGGCAUAACUGUUUUUUGUGACGUAACAUGUACAGGAAAAUGUAUUAUAAUGUACGCUGACGCGCUUGGGAUUGUUUGUAUCCACAGGAACAACAUAGAGGAAGUUCGAUAUCAGCACGUGUGAUGGCCUACGAUAU